AUGUCCGACACGCUGGAGCACACAGUCACAGAUCCAUUACUUGCUAGACCAAGUAACCCAAGGACGAACCCGCAACAGAUUUUCUUGUCCCACGAUACUACCAAUGCCCAACCGUCGCCCAGACGAUCAGAAGUCCUCCGCCACGUUUUUCCUCGGCCAUCACGAAGUCGAACUCACGUCCGCAAGAUUUCACCCCGCGUCACCAAAGCUGAUCGUUCUAGUGUCGCGAUCGCAUCUAAGCUUCAAUUAAGGCCACGAGUUGCCUUCCACAAGUACAUUUCAUCGUUCUUUGGUACCGCCCACGACCGCGAUAUAGCUACAAUCAGCCCAGAGGCAAGGUCUAGGGCAUCCAGCUUUGCAUCUAGACCGGGAUCCUCUUUGUGUGGAUCAGAGCCUAGCUUGGAUAUGGUCUCGCCGGCCACAUUCUUCUUCAGUGGACCAAGUCUUCGAUCAGUUGGAUCUUACAGUGACUCGAUGUCUCGCCUUCCAAGCCUUGCGGAGACUAGCAGUGACAUCGAACUCUUCCGCCGAGCACGAACUUCUUCUUUCUCCGUACUGGACGAUGCAGAUGUACUUGAAGACGCCAUCCUAGAGCCUGGCGUCGAUCAAGGCAUCACCCGUACUGUAUCUGACGUCUUACUCAGUGCUGAUACACCAACUGAAGAAGAGAAAGAUUCUUUUCUUGGUGAGCCCGAAGAUGGUGACCCUCCCACUCAAGAUGAUACACAAGGUCAUGGUGUGUACGAGGACCCUCGUUUCCUGAACCAUACAACAAUCUCGCCAGUGAUAACAUUUGCCAUUCUCCUCUCGCCCUACCUGGAUAAGGCGGAAUGGAAAGCAUUGCGAUUGACAAACCGAGCAUGGUACCUUGCUUUGAGCGUCGCCGCGCCACCAAGGUAUCCCAAGGCGUAUCAUCUACCUGUCGAAAUCGUGCAACACGUGUACGACUAUCUCAGCCCAAAAGAUUUCAACGCCGCGCGCCAUACAUGCCGAGCUUGGAUGCGGGCAAGUCUUGACAAGAAGUUGUUGAUGACGAUGCUGAGUCGAGGUGGCUGGCUGAGUAGUGCUGAAAAUGCUGUGGUUUCUCCUCCCGACUCGAUUAUCCCUCGAUGCGAGGAGUGGCUACUAAGCUGUCACCUCUCUCGACAGUGCGCUUUGACCUCUGGUUGGAGCGGAAAUGGACUGGAUACGCGAGCCGCCCUUGUGGAAAGCUCCAACAUUGACUUUUCAGAGCUAGCCAAUGGUUAUGCCAGUGGUCUAAUUUUCACAACAAGUCUCUGUAGCCGAUACCUAUGCGUAGCACGGGAAACAGUCAUCUACAUCUACGAUAUUGGGAACAGACUUCCAGUACCUGUUACUAGCGUUUUGUGCCCAAGAAGAGUUCUCGGGAUGAGUAUGGAUGUCUCUUCUGGUCGACACGCUAUCGCUGCGCUUUUGGAAGGCCGAAUGGGUCUGGUUUGCGAACUACGGUACGGACGCUUUAGUGAUGGAAGCCCUGUAGAGGUUUAUGUUGAGGAUGAUGGACAGCAAUCGGGUAUCACAGCCAAACCAUCAACUGAGACCAGCCACGCCGGUGUGUCUACGGAAGGUGUGUCUUUUGAGAAAAAAGGCUUACUGCGAGAUCAAUACGAUCGCACAUACAUCCAAGAGCGAGACGCUACAACUUUCGACGCCAUCGCUGUACGCUCCAAUAACGAAGACGUCAACCUCCAAGACUCAAGCGGUCCUCCGAAAAUUCAGUCCGCCAAGGCAGAAACUCUGCCGGAGUCGUGCGCACAUGGUAUUCCGAUUGAGAAUGAAACCUCGACAAUCUAUCGCCAUCUAUGCUCCGAGGAUGAUCCACCACGCAGUGUCGCUAUCUGCCCAAAGCGUCGCUGUGUUGCAUUUGGAUGUUCUGCGGGUAUUGAACUGCAUUGGAUAGACGCACUCACGGGCCAAAGUCUGAGUCGCUGGUUCCCUCUUACCGCACCAAGUGACUAUUUGUACUUUCUCUCGCCACGACCUGGUUUUGAAUCGGCCAAGAAACUACGCCUCAUCUCCAGUGCUGCUCAUCCCGAAGAUCGACCUGUUAUCCGCCGGAAAUUCUUUGGUCUACAGGCUGUAAGCUCGUUAUGGGGCUCUUUUGGGUUCGAGGCAGCGUCCCGUAACCCAGGGUCGCCAAAUUGCGAUCACUAUCAUGCAGUUCCGCUGAGUGACGGGCAUCACAUUUUGUUCAUCGAUCCGGUCAGUGGGAGACUGGCCCUCGGCUGCGAUGCGCCCCUCGGUGGGCCCACGAAGCUUCUGCGUAAGCUCAUGUUCAUAUCGCCAGACAACAAUGCAGUACCUAGGCUCUAUAGCGCAGCCACCGACUUGUCCCAAGGCGUUCGGAUCGUUGUGACUUAUGAAGACAGUAUCAUGUUGUACAGCGUUCCGCCAGAUAUGCUCCGGCUCUCGCAUGAGGAGCAAAAGACCGAGAGAUCUGAACUCAGUAGUGUGUCUUCACACUCAGCAAAUGAGCGCCAGAGAAACCAUUGGCUCAACUAG